AUGCCGUCCGUGGCGACGUACGUGGCGGACUACGAGGAUCCGGUCCACGCCAAGGCUGUGGUGGACCUGCUCGACGGAUACGCGAGGGACCCGUACGGCAACUCCGGCCCGUUACCCGACGAGGUGUACGCGUCGUUGUGCCCGACGCUCGCCAAGACGCCCGGCGCCUUCUCCGUCGUCGCCACCGUCGACGGCGUCGCCGCCGGUCUCAUAAAUUGCUUCCAGGGUUUCAGCACGUUCAAGUGCAAGCCGCUGAUCAACGUGCACGACGUUUUCGUGCAUCCGGAGCAUCGCCGCGCGGGGCUCGUCCAGGCGAUGAUGGCUGUCGUGGAGGAUGUGGCGAAGGAGAGGGGCGCGUGCAAGCUCACGCUGGAGGUGCUGUCGAACAACGCUCCCGCGAAAGGAUCGUACGCCAAGUUCGGGUUCAAAAACUACGAGCUGGAUCCGGCGCAGGGGCACGCGGAGUUCUGGGAGAAGACGUUCCGAUGA